CAGCCAUGAAGCUCCCUUCUUUCCUUGUCGUUGCUGCUGGUUUCGCCAGCUCGGCUCUCGCGCAGACCAUCAACAUCGGGUACCCAACCUCAGGGACUACCCUCCACCGUGGAAAGAGUGUCACGGUCGAGAUUCAAAGACCCAACUCGAUCAUGGGCUGCACUGAAGUUGGCAUCGCCCUCGCCGUGAUCGGCUGCAGCUCCGCGUCCUCGUGCCCCAGCCCCAGUCAACAGCUCGGCUCCGUCCUGUACUCUGGGCCGUUCACGCCUACUGGGCAUGGGCAGGCCGGGUACUACCAGAAUUUUACGGUCACUAUCCCCGACUACCUGAAUCCCGGCCCUGGCUUGUUCUCCUUGACGCACUUGUGUCUCAUCGGGGCUGGACCGUUCCCUCUGCUGGAAUUCAGAAAUGCCAGUGUCACGCUUGCAUAAAGCAGCUUGAGUGUCGGUAGACAAUGGACAGCAUUUUUUGGAACGUUUUGAGAUUGGACUUUGAGGUCAUGUAGACCGGUACUUAAACGCUCGAGGACGUAAACGAGUCUACCCUACGUACAGUGUUCCUGUGCAUGAAAGGACUGAGAAACGAGGUGAUGUUAGUUUG